UUCACUCACUCGCCCACUGAGAAAACAGAAAGAAAAGGAAAACAUUACUGACAACAUACAAGAGCGCAUGAAGGGAUAAAAGUUCAUACACUAAAAUAUACAGAAGAAAAUGAAAAGAUUACUGACUACAAACUUACCAGAGCACAUGAAGGGAUAAAAGUUCAUACACUAAAAUAUACAGACAAGGUCACUUGCUCUCCCAUGUCUCCUUUUUAUUUUAAAUAAAACAGCCAUCUCCCUUCCCCUUCCCCUCCACCACCUCUCCUCCACCAUACACAAAUGCAAAAGCACCAUCUUAAAAUUCCAUUUCUCUCUGCACAAACAUCAUGGCCUAGCUGUUAAUUCUUGGAUCCGGAGAUUCUGGGUUAUUCAAUUUGUUUAAUACUCCCAUUUAAAAACAGAGCCCACAAGACAUGAUUUGGUUUCUCCCGUUGUUCCUCCUCCCUAGGCUCAAACCUUCCUUUCUGUUCCACUCAUUGGAGUUCGCAGCAUAGGUACUGUAAUGCCUGUGAAGCUAUGGACACUCUCUUCCUUUCUAACCCUCUCUUUCUUUCUCUUAAUUCCCUUUCUCUUCACGGCUUCCUCUCUCAACCAACAAGGCCAAACACUUCUUCUAUGGAAGAAAAGCUUGGACGGUUCGCCCGAAGCCUUGAGCAGCUGGGACUCCAGCAGUGAAACUCCAUGUGGAUGGCUUGGAAUCACCUGCAACUCCAAUGGGGAAGUGGUGGAAUUGAGCUUGAGGUAUGUAGACUUGCUUGGGAAUGUUCCAUCUAAUUUCAGCCCAUUGAUGUCCUUAAACAAGCUCAUCCUGUUGGGGACGAACCUCACGGGUUCGAUCCCGAAAGAGCUGGGGCUGCUUCGCAAGCUCACCCACUUAGACUUGAGUGACAAUGCCUUGAGUGGUGUAAUACCAAGUGAGAUUUGCAGCUUGAUUAUGCUCCAAGAGCUCCAUCUCAAUUCAAACCAGCUCGAGGGAUCGAUUCCCGUGGAAAUUGGGAACCUCACGGACCUGAAAUCACUGGUAUUAUAUGACAAUCAGCUCAGCGGUAGAAUACCCAAUAGAAUAGGGAAAUUGAACAAGCUUGAGGGUUUUAGAGCAGGAGGAAACAAGAACCUUGAAGGUCCUCUGCCUCCAGAGAUUGGCAACUGCACCAAUUUAGUCAUGUUAGGCCUUGCAGAGACAAGCCUCUCAGGGUUUCUCCCUCCGAGCCUUGGCCUCCUCAAGAAACUCCAAACACUUGCAAUCUACACCGCCCUUCUUUCCGGUCCAAUCCCUGCGCAGCUCGGCGACUGCACCAACCUUCAAAAUAUCUACUUGUAUGAGAAUUCGCUAACUGGGUCGAUUCCGAAUCGGCUGGGAAACCUCCCCAAUCUCCAAAACCUUCUUCUGUGGCAGAACAACAUAGUGGGCACAAUCCCGCCGGAGCUCGGAAACUGCAACCAAUUAUUGGUGAUCGACGCAUCUAUGAAUUCGCUCACAGGCGGCAUUCCAGAGACUCUUGGAAAUUUGACCGCCUUGCAGGAACUUCAAUUGAGCGCGAAUCUGAUUUCGGGUCAAAUCCCGACCCAGAUUGGGAAUUGUGAGGAAAUCACGCAUAUCGAACUCGAUAACAAUCAAAUCACCGGGACGAUACCGUCCGAACUGGGUCGACUGAGGAAUCUGACACUGUUGUUCUUGUGGGCAAAUAAGCUGGAGGGGAGUAUUCCGUCGUCUAUAUCGGCCUGCCGGAAUCUGGAAGCCAUGGAUUUGUCUCAGAACAGCUUGACGGGGUCUAUUCCUGGUGGCAUCUUUGAGCUCCAGAGCCUCAACAAGCUACUGCUCCUGUCCAACAAUCUGUCCGGCGAGAUACCGCCGGAGAUUGGAAAUUGCUCUUCCUUGAUUCGAUUCAGAGCGAGCAACAACAAGCUCGCCGGAGCGAUUCCGCCUCAGAUUGGAAACUUGAGCAACUUGAAUUUCUUGGAUCUCGGGUCGAACCGCCUCACCGGCUUCAUACCGACGGAGAUCUCCGGUUGCCGGAAUUUGACAUUUCUCGACCUGCAUUCCAACUCAAUUGCCGGAAACAUGCCGGAGAGUUUCAAACAGCUUGUUUCCCUCCAACUACUCGACAUCUCUGACAACCUCAUCGAAGGGACAUUAAGCCCAAGUCUCGGCUCAUUGAGUUCGCUCACCAAACUCGUCCUCGGCAAGAACAGAUUCUCCGGUACAAUUCCGAGUCAACUGGGUUCGUGUACGAAGCUUCAGCUGUUGGACCUGGGCGGUAACGAACUCUCCGGGAACAUCGCGGACAGCGUGGGUCAGAUUCCGUCGCUCGAGAUUGCUCUAAAUCUGAGCUGGAACAGACUUUCGGGCCAGAUUCCGGCCGAGUUCGCUGGUUUGGAUAAGCUCGGAGUGCUUGACCUAUCCCACAAUCAUCUCUCCGGCGACCUCCGUUAUCUCGCGGGCCUCCAAAAUCUCGUAGUCCUCAACGUCUCGGACAACAAUUUCUCGGGGAACGUGCCGGACACGCCCUUCUUCGCGAAGCUCCCUGUCAUCUUCCUCGCCGGGAACCCUUCCCUUUGUCUCUCCGGCAACCAGUGCGCUGGCUACGGCGGCGCCCCAUCGCGACGCUCGGCGAGCACGAGGGCCGUGAUGGCAGUGCUACUCUGCGCCGCGUGCGCACUGCUCCUCGCGGCCCUAUAUAUCAUAAUAGGAUCCAAGUGGCAGCGUCGUGAUUUUGGUGGGUCCCUUGAUUGUAACGGCGACAAUGACGUGGAAAUGGGACCACCUUGGGAAGUCACGUUGUACCAAAAAUUUGACCUGUCAAUUGCUGACGUGGCGCGAUGCCUGACAGCCGCCAACGUGGUGGGGAGGGGCCGAUCCGGCGUCGUUUACCGAUGGACAACUCCGUCGGGGUUUACGGUAGCGGUGAAGAGAUUCCGGGCCUCGGAGAAGAUCUCGGCAGCGGCGUUCUCGUCGGAAAUUGCCACGCUGGCGCGAAUCCGGCACCGAAACAUCGUUCGGCUGUUGGGUUGGGGAGCGAAUCGGAAGACCAAACUGCUGUUCUAUGAUUAUUUGCCGAACGGGACUUUGGGGUCGAUGCUGCACGAGGGGCGCGCAGGAUUAGUGGAGUGGGACACGCGGUUCAGGAUAGCGCUGGGCGUCGCGGAGGGGCUGUCGUAUUUGCACCACGGCUGCGCGCCACCGAUAGUCCACCGGGACGUGAAGGCGCACAACAUUCUGCUAGGGGAGCGGUACGAAGCGUGCUUGGCUGACUUUGGGCUAGCGAGGCUGGUGGAGGAAGACGGCGGCUCGUUCUCGGCGACCCCCCAGUUCGCUGGGUCUUAUGGCUACAUUGCGCCGGAAUACGGCUGCAUGUUGAAAAUUACAGAGAAGAGUGAUGUGUACAGCUAUGGAGUAGUCCUACUGGAAAUCAUAACCGGGAAGAAACCUGUGGAUCCAUCUUUCCCAGAAGAUGGGCAACACGUGAUCCAAUGGGUUCGAGACCACUUAAAGAGCAGGAGAGAUCCGGUGGAGAUGCUUGACCCGACCCUCCAAGGCCACCCGGAUACCCACAUCCAAGAAAUGCUCCAAGCAGUGGGGAUCUCCCUCCUUUGCACCAGCACCCGCCCCCAUGACCGCCCCACCAUGAAGGACGUGGUUGCCUUGUUGAAGGAAAUCCGCCAUGAAUCGCCUCCCGCAGGGAGUGAGGGCCACAAACCCACCUCCGAAAAAUCCAACAGGUCAAUCCAGUACUCCACCUCCACCUCGUCGCUCUCACCGGCUCAACUCUUCAUGUUCCAAGGAUCUUCUCAUUGCUCAUCGCACUUGGUUUACUCCUCCUCCUCUGCUAAUUAUUCCCCAGUUCGGAAUCAAUAAUAUAUAUUAGGUUGCUUU